AUGAACAAUAUGUCAACCGAUAUAUUAUUUAUCAUAAUAUCAACAUUACAUGAUCAGUUAACAAAAUUUUCUGUCACAGGAGCUGAUAUAAUUGAGCUCAAAAUUUACAGUUUGGGUGGGUGGGCUUCUAUUGGGUUAAAUACGGUAAUGGUUAUUCAGAAAUGCCACAUCCGAUUCUUCAGAGCCCAAAAAAUCGACUCCAAAAAUGCUGCAAAAAACCCAGAAAAGGGGCCAAUAUACGUUGCGGAGCCAGUUGAACUAAAUGAAGGAGGAUCUAUGCCUUUACAAUGGAAAAAUGUCUACUUCAUGCCCAGCAAUCAGGAUGAGAACGUUUCACAUACUGACAUAUUCUUUACGAUUGUGGAAAGUGCGAAACAUGGUGAAAUUCGGAUAGAUGAUGUGGUGACAAGUUCCUUCACAUAUGCUCAAUUGUUGGCAAGACGAGUCAUUUAUAAGCAUGAUGGAACUGAAAGCAGAGAAGAUCGACUGUCGUUUCAGAUUGAAUUCUCUACAAAAAACAAAGAAUUUGCAUCUGCUGAAUCGAAGACGUAUACUCUGAGAAUACGAAUAAAUGGAGUGAACGAUGCACCAGAACUUGUCAAAAGAACAAACGACGAUAAACUUCUGAUUGCUUCUCGUGGCAGUCGAGUGAUGACGAAUGAGAUUCUGAUACUGACCGAUGCGGAUGAUAGACCGGAGAAAGUGAGAGUACAAGUUGUUGAAUCGAAUGGAGUUCAUAUUGAAGUACAUGGUCAAAAAGUGAACGAAUUUAGUCAUAAACAAUUGAUAGAAGAGAUGGUUUCGUUGGUGGACGAAGGGACUGAUUUGGGAAGUGGACGGAUACGAUUGAUUGCAAGAGAUGGAGAAGCGAGAAGUGGUGUUGUAAUUUUGGAAACACAGAGUACCAAAGUGGACGUCAAAUUGGUUCAUAAUACAGGUCUGAAGCUACUUCACCAUUCAAAUUCUCUGAUAACAAAUAGAAAUCUCUCAUUCGAAGCAUCAAUCAAAGAUAUGAUAGUUUCGUAUCGAAUUGUGGAUAUGCCAGAUACAGGAGUUGUUGAAUGUCUUCAGGAGAAUGAAGACAAGUUCAGUAUGUGCACCACGUUCACUCAAUCGCAAGUGAACGAGGAGCAAGUCAGAUUCAAGCACACAAGUCAGAGCUCAUCACCAAGUGAUAUGUUCAGUUUCCAGGUUGAAGCCGGAGAAUUUGCUUCAAUGGUGCACGUCUUCCGAAUCGAUUUUAUCCCAAUGAACAUAAAAGUUUUCACUCGAGAGCCCUUCGUUCUCAAUGGAACUCUAACCAUGUCAAUCAGUCGACAGAACCUUUUUUCGUGGACUUUUCCAAAAAGUUUUUCUGCUCAUUACUUGGUAUAUCAUAUCGAUGAGCCACCGAAACUUGGAACACUUUCAAGAAGACUGUCAGGUGGAAAACAAAGAAGAAUCGGAGUUUCUUCGAAUUUCACUCAACAAGAUAUUGAUGAAGGAUCGAUUGGCUACAAACUACACUAUCAGCAAUAUUCCAUCGUCAACGAUUUCUUCGUUUUUCGAGUUGUCUCUCCAGCUGUUUCAUCUCCCCUUCUCAGAUUUGAUAUUGUCUAUGUACCAAAAGAAUCGUCAAUUCGACUGGUCAAUAAAACAAUUGUUGUCAAAGAAGGCGAAAUUGCAUCGAUCACAUCUGAUUUCUUAUCACUUUCCACUCCCGAUGAAUUCGACUUCAUUUUCCGAGUCGUUUCUCCUACUCUCCAUGGACAAAUACGUCUCCAAAUCGGUGAAAUUCUGAAGAAAGGUUCUAAUUUCACCAGUGACGACAUCUCAAAACACCGACUGACCUAUUCUCAUUCUGGAGAUGAAACUCGCUCCGAUGAAUGCCGUCUUCUAGCAAUUUCUCGUCACAAUCCAAUGAGACAAGUCCCUCUGACACUGAGCUUUUCGAUCAUUCUCUUGAAUGACAAUGCUCCGAAGUUGUCCCAAAAUGUGACCGUUUAUAUGGUCGAACGAGGCGAACGAGUUCUUCACCCAUUCCUUCUUCCUUGGAUCGACGAAGAUGUUGAUGCAUCUGCGUUGCUAUUCGAUUUCACGCAAAACAAAGAUGCUGCUAUUCUAUCUACAGUAUCUCCUUAUCUCCCACUGACUUCAUUCACACAACAUGAUAUUGAUGAAGGAAAAGUUAUGAUAAGACAUUUAGGACAUCAUGGAGAGUUUUAUAUUGGAUACACAGUAAGCGACGGUGCUCAUCGUGUUGAAGGGAAAAUGCACGUUCUCGCUGCCAAACCAGAUGUCUGGGUGGAAAAAUCGGAAGUCGCUUUGAUUUGUGGAUCACGCUUCCCUCAAACCAUCCGACUCUCGUCCAAUAAUUUGACAGUGUUGACUAAUUUGGAUGUUCGAUUGGAAGAUAUUGUUUACUCCACUAAUUCGUCCCGAUUUUCUGUCGGUACGCAAAGAAAGUCAGCGAGAGGAUUCAGUCAAAAAGAGAUUGACAACGAAUCUGUUUGGUAUUCUGUACCGAAUCAAAAUGCUGUUGAGAAACUGAAAGUUGCAGUGGCGGAUAGAAAUUUAGAAGUCGAACUCCGAGUCCGUUGUGAAAAUUCUCGUGAUUCGUUUACCUACCAACAACAUCGAAUGCUCCGUGUACCAGUUGGUGGAGCAGUUCUCAUCGACAAAACACUUUUGGAAAUUCCAAUGAUUGAUGCAGAGCCACCUAUCAUUUAUCAAGUGGUUAAACAUCCUAACUUUGGAUAUUUGUCUUUGGAUUACGAGAAAAGUUUCUCGUCUCGAGUAUCAAGAUUCACAGACAAAGACGUAUCAUCUGAAAGUGUACAGUAUGUUCAUAACAAUGCAGAUCAUUCAAACGAUUCAAUCGAUUUUCAAAUUCAAGUUCUCGCUAGAAAUUUGAGUUUCCACCUCAAACUGGAUAUCGACGUUUUUCAGAGAAAUAUAACAAUUUCCACUUCGUUAUUCUCUGUACCAGCUGCUGGUCGAGCUCCUAUUACUUCCAAUUUCUUGAAAGUGACAACAAGUGAAAAUGAAGAAGCAGUGAUUACUGUAGUGUCUCCUCCAACAUCCGGAUGGGUUACAACUGACAGUAUUCACAAUAUCACAAGUAUUUCUUCAAUUGCUACAUUCACAACCAGAAUGAUCGAGAAUGGGCAAGUUUGGUUUGUAUCGGAUGGAUCACAAGGAAACGAUAGUAUUGGAGUGCAGGCGUGUGUGCAGGAUCAGUGUACUGGAACGCAUCUGAUGCAGAUUGCAGUUACAAGGAUCAACGAAAAAGGACCUGUGAUGGUGAGGAAUGAAGUGUUGCGAGUUACUGGAAAUAGGGCAUUGAUUACGAAUAGUCACUUGGAUGUUGAGGAUACGGAUACUCCGACAAACUCCAUCACCUACAUUAUCGCCCAGCCAUCGAAUGGAAGAGUUGUAAAAGUUGGUCAAGUAGAAGAAGUCAUUUCAAACUUCACUCAAUUCGAUGUCGACCAAUCGAAUGUGGCAUUUUUGGCAACUAACCACAGUAAUCCUUUUGGAGGGUUCUCGUUUCAUGUCACAGAUGGGAAACAUAAGAUUGGUCCUGAAUGGUUUUCAACUGAAUUAUCGUCUAGUUCAAAUAUCCUCGAAGCAAACGGACGUCUCGUGGCUUCCCCAUCAUCUGCUACCGUAAUCGGCACAGAACUUCUUCGUGCCAAUAUGCCUGGAACUCGUCCUGAUGAAAUUGUAUUCACUAUUAUAAAGCCAGCCCGAUUUGGAGAAGUACUAGUGGAUGGAAUUAAAAACACUGUGUUCACUCAACUACAGAUAAACCGAAGACAAGUUGUGUAUUCUACUGUUGGAUAUUCUGAUCAGAACGAAUGGAGCCGACGAGAUUCUUUCUCGUUCAGAGUUCACAAGAACAACUCUGCUCAAUUUUUAAACACUAAUGAAAAAUACAUCGACUUUCCUAUAAGCUACAUUUUCAGAUUCCGAAUCACAACAACUUUUGCUGCCAUAUCAGACAAGGUUCUUUCAAAAUACAUAACAACGGGUCCUCUGAUUGUCUCUCGAGGUGGAUCUGCAAGUUUCAAUCAAUCUCAUUUGGAUGUUUCUGCAUUGGCAGACGCUGUUGAUAAAGAGAUAGUUAUGAUUGAAAUCGGAACAGAACCACGUGCGGGAACACUGGAGUGGUUGGAUAAUGAAAGAAAUCGAGUCUCUUGGACCGAGUUACGAUCUUCUUUUCAUCUUCUCUAUAGGCAUAUUGCGACAGAUUCUCUCAGCGAUUCUCUGAUUUUUCAUGUUUAUGCUGCUCGAGAAUCAACGAGACGAGCUAGUCGGAUUAGAAUUUCUGUAGACAUUCAAAUCAAGAAUCCACCUGAUCCAGAUGUUCAGGUUAUUUUAUUCCCGGACUCUGUCUCUAUUCUGAACAGUGGAUCUACUCCACUACUGGCUGAUAUGCUGAUGACACGUCACAAGACAGUUCCACCUCAAUCAAUCGUCUACAGUACUCAACAACGUGGAGCAAACGGAGUGACUAUUCGUCGAGGGGACGAUGAGGUUGAUCAGUUUUCCCAACAGGAAAUCAAUGACGGAAAGAUCUCACUCUGGCACACAGCCAACAGGCAUCAGACAGCUGCCACGUGGCACGAUGUCAUCGUACUGGACAUUGAAGGACAUACAAGAUCAUUGGUGAUCGACAUAAGACCAUUGGAUUUGAUGUUGAAGAAUCAUUCGACGAUUUGGUAUCCACAGGGAAAAACUUAUGUUGUAUUGAAUUCUGAGCAUCUGGGAGCAUUCUCGAUGGGAAAUCGGAGCAGUUUGAAGUAUAAAAUAACUAGUGGACCAGAAAAUGGAACAUUUUAUUGGGUUGCUGGCGAGAAAGAAGCAAGAGAAUUUAGUCAGAAAGAUAUUGAUGACGGGAGAGUACUGUAUGCACAAUUGAAUAUGCAUUCGUAUCAAGACAAGUUCGACUUUGUUGUGGAGAAUGAUUCGAGAGACGUUCUCCGUAACAGUUCAGAAUUGAAAGUUCGCGCUUUGGUUACUGUACAGCCUGUUAUUGUCGAGGCAAACACAGCUACUCCUCUGACUACUUCUCAAAUCAACGCUUCUACACUUUUGAAUGCAUCACCUCGCUUCUUUUUGACGUCCCCUCUGAAAUACGGAAGAUUGACUUUCGAUCCGAACACCAACUAUUCAACGUAUUACUUCACAUAUACUGAUAUCCAAAAGGGAAUUGUGUACUACAAAGCGUUUAGUACAGAUGAAGAAGUGCAUGAAAUUGUACAAUUGGAAGUGAGAGCAGAUAAUGUUCAACCAGCUCGAUUCAUUCUUCCCAUUACGAUUCUUCGAGCCGAUAUGGAAUCUUUUGAUUCGCCACCUUCAAAUGACCUAGGAGUUCCCUUCUCAAAUAAUGGUCCAGGUCUUCCGAAGUUUUCAAUAUUUGGAGAGAACAGCCUUCCUGUGGUUAUUCUUGGCGCAAUCGUAGCAGCUACCAUAUUUGUGUUAAUAUGUAGAAGAUGUGGAGACGAAAAGAAGAAAAAUAAGAAUAGAACGCCGCUGAAUGCGAAAUUGGAUACUCCAACAAGAUUACCUCCAUCGCCAUCUGAAAGCAUUGAUCAUGAAAAACCACCGGAUUUGUUGGGAACUACUGUAUUUGCAUCAGUGAGGCAAGCUGAAGAUCGAAUGACAAUGAAGUCAUUCAACAAACCACCGAAACCAGAGGUAGAGAGUCCGGCGUCAUCUCGAAAACCACCAAAUCCACGACGCCAGAAUGUUUCGUCUCUGGAUUAUGCUGGAAUCUCUUCAGACACACCUCCACCGAUGCGUCUAUUCGAGCAAGUUGCACAAACUCAACCAGCGAAUCAUUAUUGGGUCUAA